UUGCGCGAGCACUUGCUGUCAGUUAUGUCAAACGUUUCUCCGACGAAAACAAUCAUUGUGCUUCGAAGUUUUAUUAUUAAAACUUUUUGUCUUUCGUUUUAGAAAACGCUUUGGAAAUGAAAAAAAGUCCUUAGAGUUUAUAGCGACAAUCUUACGAAAACGAAAACAUGAGCGCCAACAAGGAAACGCAAGACAAGCAGAAAGGUGAUAAGACGCAGGACAUCUUUCCAUUGAACAUUAAGAUCAAGCAGGAGAAAACAACCAGCUACGAGGAUUCGAGCAAAUCAGAAACGGUGGACAAACUGUCGAUCGAUGUUAAUCUGAAAAAUAUUUUCUCGACCACCAUCACCAGCAGCAGCGGCGGCGGCGGAAUGGAGAAAAGCACGGAAAAGGUGGACGUUAAGCCCGCGAUUGAGCCACUGAAAUCGUCCAACGAAAUCCUCACCGAACUUUUCCGUGUGUUUAAUGCUGCUCCGCCGGAAAUCAUCGAAGAUGACUCUAACGAUGCAGUGGAACAGGAAAAGAAAAAAAAGAAACAUAAACAUAAGAAGAAAAGCAAAAAGAAAAAGGGCAGUGAAAGUGAUUCCGCCGAGGAGCUGGUGGAGCACGCAGUGGAAGAUGGUGAGAAACGAGUGAAAAGGAAGAAAAUCAAAAAAGAAAAAGACCGCGACCGGAAGCACGAAAAGCAUAAGCGAAGUAAACACCGGGGUAUCGGGGAAACGUUACUGGUGACAGUGAAGCAGGAACCUUUGGAUGAUAUUGACAAGCCUUCAAAGCAACGGGACGGAGAAAAGAUAAAAGAAAACGGCAAACCAAAGGAAGUGAAGGCGGAGGAAACGAAACAGCCGGUUAAAGGCAAGAUACAAAUCAAAAGUCUGAAAGAUAGCGCUAUAUUUAAGGAGCUUGCGACAAGCUCAUCUCAAUCGACGGAUCGACACCAUGAGCGUCAACAUCACGAGCGAGAUAAACCGUCUCAGCAUAAAUCGUCCCGGGGCGAGCUGCGCAAACGGAGGACUUCUGAGACAGACUUUUCGCUAUCCGAUGAUGAUGAGAACAAAAAAGGACGGUACUACGAUUUCUAUCAGAAAAAAUACAACUCCUUUUAUGCUGGAUUUGAAGAGGAAAACAAGCGGAAAAGGCAAGAUAGGAAGCGUGACCGGCAUAGCGAGGAACGGGCUAGGCGUCACCGUUCGAAUACGUUUUCUCGAUCACGUUCUCGCUCUCGUUCCCGAUCCCGAUCCCGUUCUACGGAGCAAAUAGAUAAGCAGAAGCUGCUAGAAAUCGCCCGCAAAAAUGCCAUUAGUAUGCUGAAAAAAGGUACGCUACCGGGAGCACAGAAUAUGGACGGAGAGUCCAAAGCAAAACUGAUCUCGAAAAUGCAUGCCAGUGGAAAAAGUAUCGAAGAGCUGACCGCAUUCUGCAAGAAGAUUUCUCACAAAGACAAUGCGAACGAUCUGUCCAGCGUGUCGUCUGACGAGAGCGAUCAUGAUGCGGACGGAGCAAGCAAAGCUUUUCAUCACCCAUUUCAGCUUAAAGAAACAGCUCCGAUUGUGAUGAACAUUCGCAACGCUACCACCAUUCAGCCAAAGUCGGCCGAAGAGAAAAAGGCGCUUUUGAUGCAGUUUCCAGUAUCAUCCGGAGCGCAUCAUCGCUGCUCGGAAACGGAAUGGAUUCCGGUGGAACCGAAAAAGGCACUGCCUACGAUCAAAGCCACAUCAACCGUUGAUUCGGGUAACGCUGCGAGUGGAUCCAACUUUGGGAACAAACCGAAACCGAAACCUAUCCUGCCGCCAUCAUCCACGUUUGUGCCACAACAGAAUGCCGCACCCGAUUUCUCUGUGCCGCAAGCUUCACAACUAGCCCCAAGUAUAGUCCCUGCCCCCACACCAGCGGUACCUCCGUUAAUGCAACCGCAUGUGGGACAUAUGCCUGUGGCACCGAUUAUUCCACCUUCGUACCCAUCGAACGAUCCCGUUUUACCGUACCAAUCGCCAUACCUUCCACCGGGAAAUUCACAAAUGCAGCAACCCGCACACCCGACGCCUUCCCAUGUACAACCAUUUAACAAUAUGACUACAGCGGAUACAUCGAUGAAACUUCCGGUCGAUACCAGUAUUCCUCCUCCAAACAUGAAUCCGAUGGGUGCUGCACCGCAUCAGGAAUCACAGCAACGGUCACCAUUUGCACCAGGACCGGGAACCUCGCAUCCACAUCCACCUUUAGGUCCGGGAUCGGACAAUGUUUUUCACACUCAGUCCGAUGCACCCAUUAUCGAUUUAUCUCAGAUUGUUAGUCAACGGUUGAAUGCAAUGCGCCGUCUGCAGGAAAACCCAUCCGAUUCCGAUGCGAGACAGAUGCUGUACAACACGCAAAAGGAUAUGUCAUCGUGGGCCUCAUCCAAGGCAAUGCCCGGACAGUUUCUAGGAUCGACCGGUGUCAACUGUCUUAGCCAGCGGGAACUGGCGGAAGGUUAUCAACCUUGGGCUACCCGUGACAUGAUGAAACAAACGGCACCCGUCACAGGUGGUAUGGGAAUGCAUUUACUGCAGAAGAUGGGCUGGCAGCCAGGUGAGGGUUUAGGUAAAGAAAAGAACGGUUCUUUGCAACCUCUGCUGCUAGACGUGAAGCUGGAUAAACGAGGCCUGGGCGAGGGCGAAAAUAAACUACGUCCACAUCAAUCUUAUCCCGUGCCACCGUUUGCGCGGCGUGACGGUCGAUCUAGGUUCAUGAACGUAAAGAUCAACACAGACGGUAAGCAUCCCGUCUCCAUACUGUGCGAGUACGCCACGAAGCACAAAUGGAAUCCCCCAAUGUACGAGCUGGUGCACGAAAGCGGGCCCGGUCAUGCAAAGAGUUUCAUCUUUAAAGUGCUCGUAAACGGACUCGAAUAUCAACCGGCGAUUGCGAAUAACACCAAAAAAGAAGCAAAAGCUACGGCGGCCAAGUUUUGUCUGCAACAGUUAGGAGUUAUGAUUACUUAAGAAACGAUAGCAUGGCUAGUGCAGUGAUGGGCUUGCAAGUGUACAAAAUACCAACUAUUGGUACAAUCCAAAUCAUUUGGCUUGGGUCCCAUGCGCGUAAAUCCGCCACUGUGGCAGUGUAGAAGUGAAUGGUAGAGAAUCGAGAAAUGAAAUGUUGAUGAACAGAGGUGCAAUAUAACGCAAAAAGUUAAAAAAUCAGUAUCAAGCUAGGAAGAACCGAACCUAACUUUCAAAUUUUUACGAAUCCGUUUGUAAAUUUAACAGAACCUAUCUAAGCUAGGUAAAGGUAAAUUCUUUGUACUGUAGCGUAUCGGUUGCGAUUGGGUUGUAUGCAGUGAUUGUAACAUAGGUAUAUCUACUUUCGAAAAAAGCUAAAAAUCAGUUAAGAUCUUUUCAUCAUGUAUAAACAACAUUUUACGCCUCUCUAUGCCGUUGAUAACGAAGUGAAAUAAAAUGUAAUUUUCUCUCCAAAUGAA